GGUGGGGUUGAGGGCCCACGUGCGAGGCUAGAGGCGGAGGCUCCUCUGAGCGGUUGAAAGGCAGCUGAAGGCCGCUGCACCCGGAGGAGGUACCGCUGCACCGAGAAAGCUGGAGCGGGUGGGUGAAGAAAGUUGGGGUCUGGUGAUGUCUGGGAGCCGGGUGCGCACCCUGGAGGAGGCUGGCGACGCCUUUGCAGCCGUGACCCCAGGGACAGACGUUCCACACCGCGAGCGUCCGUGGCGCCUUCAGAGCUCGCGGUGAAAGUCCCACCACGGAAUGACGCCAGCCUCUCCAGACUGCAGAGAGCUAACAAAGCUUCUGAGUCUCACUGGUGAGAUUUCUCACAGCCUUCAGCUAUGCGACUCUCUGCCCUGCUGGCCUUAGCAUCCAAGGUCACACUACCUCCCUACCACCGCUAUGGAAUGAGCCGCCCAGGCUCCCUGGCAGAUAAGAGGAAGAACCGCCCAUGGAUCAGGCGGCGCCCAGUACUUGUGGAACCCAUCUCGGAUGAAGACUGGCACCUGUUCUGUGGGGAUGUGGUGGAGAUCCUAGAAGGCAAGGAUGCUGGGAAGCAGGGCAGAGUAGUUCAAGUCAUCCGGCAGCGAAACUGGGUUGUCCUGGAGGGGCUGAACACACAUUUCCGCUACGUGGGCAGGACCAAGGAUUUUCGGGGAACCAUGAUUCCUAGUGAAGCCCCCUUGCUCCACAACCAUGUCAAACUUGUGGAUCCUGUGGACAGGAAACCCACUGAGAUUGAGUGGAGAUUCACAGAGGCAGGAGAACGGGUUCGAGUCUCUACAAGAUCAGGAAGAAUUAUCCCCAAACCUGAAUUUCCUAGAGCUGACGGCAUCAUCCCUGAAACAUGGAUUGAUGGCCCCAAAGACACAUCCGUGGAAGAUGCCCUGGAAAGGACGUACGUGCCUCGUCUGAAGACACUGGAGGAAGAGGUGAUGGAGGCAAUGGGGAUCCAGGAGACCAGAAGAUACAAGAAAGUCUAUUGGUAUUGAGCCGGAGACAGCUGCUUCUCCCUUGUCUGAGCUACGAAGGCUGAGGUGCCUGCUCCUCGGAUACUAAUAAAGUGCCAUAGUC